AUGUCAACAUAUUCAGCUCGUGGAUCCUCUUUGGCUAAUUUUAUACGAGCAGUGGAACGUGAUGAUGUCCUAUUAUAUGUUACUGCAGCCGUUGGUGUUUUCAUGCCUGGCUGUGUAUAUAUGUUUUAUCAAUAUGCCCAUAAAUUAUACACUAGAUAUGUUGAGAAGCGUGAAAUGCGGAAACGAGAGGAACAAUUGGAAAGCAAAGUGGUGACGAUAUUUUAUGCUGAGGGACGAGAAAAUAUUGAAGAACUGGCCCAGCAUAUUGGUGCACACUUGGAGUACGAUGGAUUGCCGAUAGUUAAUUUAGCUGAUAUUGAAACAACGACUUUCAUGAAAUACAGGGGUAUUGGUUUGUUUCUCAUGGACUGCACAUAUGAUGGAAAUGAAUCGGAGAGCACUGAAUGGUUUUUGGAUUUUUUAGAAGAUUUAGCUUUCGAUCAAAAAAUGACUAAUUUACCAUGUCGGCAAAUGCAUUUUGCUAUUCUCGGUAUUGGUGAUCCACGUAAUGGUUACAAACAAUAUAAUCGCAUAACGAGAGCCUUGACAAGGCGACUAAAUUCGAUCGGGGCUGUUGCUCUUUAUCCAUCGCGUUAUAUUUACAGUGAUUCGAAUGCGGGACUAGAGAAGCAAGCAGCGGCUUGGGCAUCUUGCAUCGCUAAAGCGCUGGAUGAGUACACGACAAGGAUUACAAAAUCACGAAGCUUUUGGUAUUAUGAUAGCGAUAGUGACAGUAAUAAAAGUGAUGUGGAUGACGAUGAACAGGAAUUUCUUUCCGAUCAUGUGGAAUAUAUCUAUGAAUCAGAUGAUACUGAUGUAGAUAAUUAG